AUGGGUACUUCUGACUUGCACCAUGUACUAAGAAGCCUCUGUUUCAAUACGGAGUGGAACUACGCCAUUUUUUGGAAACUCAAGUAUCGAGCUCGAAUGGUAUUGACUUGGGAGGAUGCUUACUAUGACAACUGUGAGCAACAUGAUUCUUCUGAGAAUAGGUGCUUCAAUAAGACACUAGAUAGAUUGCACGACAGCCAUUACUCACACGACCCCCUUGGGCUUGCUGUGGCAAAAAUGUCGUAUCAUGUAUAUACUCUGGGAGAAGGGAUUGUUGGACAAGUGGCGGUUACCAGGAAGCAUCAGUGGAUUUUUGCUGAUAAUCUAUUUAAGAAUAACUGUUCACCAUUCCAGUACUGUGAUGGGUGGCAAAGUCAAUUUUCAGCUGGCAUAAGGACCAUUGUCGUUGUGGCUGUUCCACAUGGAGUUGUACAGCUUGGUUCUUUAAAUAAAGUCAUUGAAAAUGUGAAGCUGGUAUCUGAAAUAAGAGAUGUUUUUAGUACACUUCAAGAUUCCCCAGUAGAGCAAAUCCGUAAUCCAUUGCAAUCUGGCAUAAACAGUUCAGCAUGCUUGACAAGUAUAUCUCCUAAAGGUUUGGCUUCAGGGGUUAUUACUGAUUGCCUACAUAAUUUAGAUAAAGCCGCAAACAGAGAAGAAUGCCCAGAUGUUUGGUCGUCCGUUUUCCCACAUAUUGGGAAAGACAGUGAUAGUUCUUACGUUUUUCCACUGCCUGAAAAUUGUCUGAAAAAGGCAGUUGAACUGGUCAAUAAGCAUGGAGGACUUGAGUCAUCUAACUUAGGGUGUCUUGAGAGUGCCAAACUACAUCAGUCAAAAUCAAGUAUCUUAAAUUCAGAGCAUAGCAAACUAGUAGGUGUGGAAUUACUUGAUAGGACGAAGUCUAAAGGGGAGAGUAGUGGCUGCAAAGAUACUAGGAUGACUUCAAUGAUCUAUGCCAAUCCAUUAUCACAUGGUUCUGUUCAAGAAAAUGUUAAUUUAUGUGAUUCUGCAGACUUAUCUGCAACAUUUCUCAACUCUGCUGCACAUGGCAGGGUUAAUGUAGACAGGGUAGAUUUUUACCAAAAUGAGGUGUUGCAAGUAAGUGAACCCUCAGAUGUUAAGUUUCAGAAGGACCUGGAAAACUUGGACUUUCAAACUGAAUCAGGUCACUUGGACACAUCUAGUACAUCUAUGGCAUUCCCUGCUGGCUGUGAGCUGCAUGAAGCACUUGGGCCAGCUUUUCUGAAUAAGGGUAACUAUUUUGAUUGGGAAGCAGAGAAGAAUGGAGAUGGAAUUACCAUUGAGAUGCCUGAGGGGAUGAAAACUGGCCAGUUGACAUCUGAUUCUUGCCAAGAGCAUCUUCUUGAAGCAGUGGUGGCCAAUGUUUGCCACAGUGGCAAUGAUGUUAAAAGUGAAAAAUCAUUCUGUAAAUCAAUGCAGUCUCUGUUGACAACUGAAAAGUAUCCAGAGCCUUCUAGUCAUACUACACAUACAAUUGAUUCAGAAAAUUAUUCCAUUGAUCAGCCCUCUCUUAUAGCAGAGGAAACACAACAAUGCUUGAGCUCAUCAGGGGUAUGUGGGGUGAUAUCCCCCAAAUGGUUUUCCUCGCCUUGUCCUAGUGCUUGUAGUGAGCAGCUGGAGAGGUCUUCUGGACCAUCUAAAAACAACAAGAAGAGGGCUAGACCUGGUGAGAAUUCUAGGCCUAGGCCAAGGGACAGGCAAUUGAUCCAAGAUCGUAUCAAGGAGCUGCGGGAGCUAAUACCUAAUGGAGCAAAGUGUAGUAUUGAUUCACUGCUGGAGCGUACAAUCAAGCACAUGCUCUUUCUACAAAGCAUCACUAAGCAUGCAGACAAACUUAAUAAGUGUGCUGAUGCAAAGUUGUGUCACAAGGAAGCAAGCAUGUUGGGAUCCUCUAAUUAUGAACGGGGAUCAAGCUGGGCAGUGGAGGUGGGAGGCAAUCUGAAAGUUUGUUCAAUAAUGGUAGAAAACCUCAACAAGAAUGGGCAGAUGGUUGUAGAGAUGAUGUGCGAAGAAUGCAGUCAUUUUCUUGAGAUAGCAGAAGCUAUCAGAAGCUUGGGUCUGACAAUCUUAAAAGGUGUAACAGAAGCCCGUAGUGACAAGACAUGGAUAUGUUUUGUGGUUGAGGGGCAGAACAACAGAAGCAUACACAGAAUGGAUAUCUUGUGGUCCCUUGUUCAAAUAUUGCAGCCCAAGAACCCCAUGCAACAGCUAUAG